CUUUAUAGAAAUUUGCUCUUUAUGUUUGGUGUUUUAAGGUAGCAAGCCAAGAAAGCUAACGUAGAACAAAGCUAGUUAUAUGGCAAAUUUCCCUUCAAAUUAAAAGCGCAUAUAUAAAAAUACAAUUGAAAGAGCAGACUGCAAACAAUGUUUUGAAAAUUACGCAUUGAACAACACUAAAGACUACUUGCACAGUUUCAUUUUCGUUUAAUAUGUAUUACAUUUAUAUUUUUACUUUGCGUUGUAUUAUUACAUUUUUGAAAAUCCGCUUAUUCAUUUUCGUGAAGUUUAUUAUGAAUUUUAGGAACAGGAAGUUAAACUUGUCGUCGUGUGCUUGACAUUGUGGGCGACUGAGAUUACAGUCAUCCUAGUUGGUACCGUUCAUGGAUUUAUUCCAGCAUUUAUCACGAAAAAACGGGGACAUGAACGGGAGCGCAUACAGACAGGAAAGCAGGAGGUUUGUGUGUCGUUUAAACAGUCCGGGCAAAUGUUUUUAAAUUUGUAUAAUGUUCAGAAAUAUUGUCGGGGUCAGAACAGCUCGGCAUACAGAUGUUCCUAACGUAGUUGAGGAGAAAGAACCCGUUGAUCUGGUAUCUCAGUCUGGUAUCAUUGUCUGUGUUUUGUAUUAGACUAUUUUAUGUAUUGAGUCCAAUAAAUCCCGACUGAACCAUGAGCAAUAUGCAGGAUAAAGCCACUAUCCGCCAGCAGAGCUCGGAGAAUAACUCUGUCAGCAGUAGUGAGUGGGAUAUGGCAAAUGAUGUGUUUGUGUCCGGCUACGACGACAAUCCGAUGGGAGACAGUGUCGCCGCUGGGGACCCAGACCCAGCGCAGCCCGGCUUGGACAGACACCUGCCGCUGUUACGGGCGGACUCGUUAUCACAGGAUGGCAUGAUGCUGGGCCUGGCUGGGGAAGAAUAUUCGGACUCGUCGUAUCUUUCCAUCGACCCAAACUAUACCGAAAGUGACGGGAAUGUCACAACCAAGAAGCGCAUACGGUCCAACAGCUCCAGGCACCGCGGCGAGAUCGUCACGGAGCUGGGACCGGAGGAGGUCAGGUGGUUCUACAAAGAGGACAAGCGGACGUGGAAGCCUUUCGUGGGACACGACUCUUUAAAAAUCGAGAUCGUCUAUCGAAGGUUCUGUGAGCAGAACCCCGACAAGGUCAAACGCCCCACCGAUCCUGCCGAGGCCGAGGGGAAGGAUGCGGUCAGGACCGGCGAGGUGCAGCCGGAGAGCGGGGCGGCGGACGGUGGAGGUGUCCUGGCAGAGUCGGAGGUGCAGCGGGGAGAAGGGCAGCGGCGCUCGGUGUCGGAGGAGACGAAGGACCCGGACGACAUCAGCAUCACCGUGGAGGCAGUGUGUGUCAGAGGGGGGCUGUAUGAAGUGGAUAUCCGGGAGAAGGAAUGCUACCCUGUUUACUGGAACCAGCAAGACCGUAUUCCUGUGAUGAGGGGCCAGUGGUUCAUCGACGGAACGUGGCUUCCUCUAGAGGAGGACGAGAGUGACCUCAUCGAGAUGGAGCACCUCGCCCGUUUCCGGGGGCAACAGAUGAAGGACACUUACGAGAUGGAGGUGGUGACCACCACAGUGGACAGCAAGGAUGGUAAGCAAUCUAUCCACAGUCUGAAGCUGAGCAGGAGUCACGUGGACUGGCACAGUGUGGACGAGGUGUACCUGUACAGCGAUGCCACCACCUCCAAGAUUGCACGCACAGUCACGCAGAAAUUGGGAUUCUCUAAAGCCUCUAGCAGCGGGACACGUCUCCAUCGGGGAUACGUGGAGGAGGCAGCACCCGAGGACACCCCACCCGAAACCACACACAUCGUCUUCGUGGUGCAUGGCAUUGGGCAGAAGAUGGACCAGGGUCGCAUCAUCAGGAACACCUGCAUGAUGAGAGAUGCUGCAAGGAAGAUGGAGGAGAAGCACUUCUCUGAUCGCACCACGGAGCAUGUAGAGUUUCUUCCUGUGGAGUGGAGAUCGAAACUGGCUCUGGAUGGAGACACGGUGGACUCCAUUACUCCAGACAAAGUUCGAGGUCUCAGAGACAUGCUGAACAGCAGCGCCAUGGACAUCAUGUACUACACCAGCCCUCUGUACAGAGAUGAGAUUACCAGGGGUUUGACUCUGGAGCUGAAUCGUCUCUACUCACUCUUCUGCUCACGGAAUCCUGACUUUGAGAAGAACGGGAAAGUGUCCAUCGUGUCGCAUUCAUUGGGCUGCGUCAUCACCUUCGAUAUCAUGACGGGCUGGGACCCCGUUCGCUUUCAUCACCAAGAAGCGCCAGACCCGGAGGAGACAAAGGUCCGCUGGCCAAGUGAUGAGGAACGCCACCUUCAGGAGCAGCUAAGACUCACACGCCUCAGGUUGAGGGACUUGGAGGAUCAGUUCCAGGGUCUGCAGACCUUGUCUUGUGUGGCAGUGCCAGCCUUGAAGUUCAAGGUAGAAAACUUCUUCUGUAUGGGCUCUCCUCUGGCUGUUUUCUUGGCAUUGCGAGGGAUCCGACCUGGAAACAACGGUGUGCAGGACCACAUCCUCCCCACGUCUAUCUGCAAACGCCUCUUCAACUUAUUCCACCCCACAGACCCCGUGGCGUACAGAUUGGAGCCCCUGAUCUUGAAGCACUACAGUAACAUUACGCCUGUUCAAAUCCACUGGUAUAACACCACCAGCCCAACUCCGUACAAUCAGAUCCGGCCCACACUGCUCAACCUGCUGAAGGACACCACAUCAGUCUCAGACUCAGAGAGCAUCCCCAGCCCCUGCACCUCCCCGCCCCAGGCCCGACGGCACUACGGAGAGUCCAUCACCAGCCUGGGCAAGGCCAGCAUCAUGGGUGCUGCAAGCCUUGGAAAGGGAAUCGGAGGAAUCCUGUUUUCCCGCUUUUCCCGUUCCAGUGGCCAGGUAGGGGGAGUGGAGGAGGAGCCUUCAGAUUCAGAGAGCGGAGCCUCCGAGGUGGAAAAUGUGGCAUCAGGAGAGGAAGGGGUAACGGUGACAGAGAGCGAAGACAAGGACAAACAGAUAGAGGAGGAGAGGGGGGAGGUGGAGCCUGCCAUGUCCCAGUCCACCUCAGCUGUCAUGGACAAUACCUCGUUGGAACUGGAGAGGCGCAUUGACUUUGAGCUGCGGGAGGGCUUGGUGGAGAGCCGCUAUUGGUCAGCAGUGACGUCACACACGGCCUAUUGGUGCUCUUAUGAUGUGGCUUUGUUCCUCCUCACCUUCAUGUACAGACCACAGGAACUGCCUGAACCUGCAGACGACAACCCUGACACCUCGUAACAUAAGUGCAACCUGACAUAUCACAGCUGGGGUCACUUCACUCUCUAUUCACACCUUCUGAAAUACAAACUGAAAGCUACAUUUCUGAAACAUACUUCAUUCUUCAUUUUCUGAUUUCUUAAUUCAGAUAAAACGGUUUCCUGCUUCACAAAAUGUCCGCGUGAAAUACAGAGUAUAAAAAGAUUAUUUAAUAUAUUAUUAAUUAUACAUUUUGGAAAUGUCAGAUAUUGUUUGAUCAAAUCAUGAUUAAUGCAACCUAAUUCUCUUUUACUAUUAGUUGAUUUGAUUGGAAGAAAGGUUACUUAAAGGCUACACUUAAAGUCCUGCUAGUAUCCUGAAUGCUGCAAUGUUCAUGUUUGAGGCAACGCUUUAGAUUACGACCUUCACCGUACAGCAAUAUUCUUGUAAUUAUUUGUACUGAUGGUGUACUAGUACUGUAUGCACAGAUACGUACAAGGUAGGUACAUAGGUACAAGAGAACAUGUGAAGUGUGGGAAAUUAAAGGACUAGUGUGUAGGAUUCAACCAACUGAAUACCACUCGUCUUUAAAGUAUGUAGGAGAAGCUACGGUGGCCGCAAAACUCACAAAAUAAAUGCCCUAGUUAGAGCCAGUGUUUGGUUUGUCCGUUCUUAGCUACUGGAGAAACAUCGCGCUUUAACAUGUAGAUAAAAACAGCUAAUUCUAAGGUAGUACAAUGAUUCUUAUAUUCAGGUGAUUAUACACUAAUGAAAAUAUACCUAUGAAUAUUAUAUUACAUUUCUGCCAAUAGAUCCUCAGUAAUGUUACACACUGGACCUUUCAAAAUAAUUUAUAUUGUAGUAUUUUUUAACAGGUACCUGGGGGAAGAUGACAGACAUAAUAAACUCAGUGUAGGAUUUUAUGAAACUGCAGUGACUUAUAAAUUACCAUAUACUACUUACUUGUUGGAAAUAAUGUUAGUGUAAUUCCACUACUUUUGGCCAUAACGGAUACUGAUUAACAAUUAAAUAAUGCAAUCAGUAUUACUGAAACUGCAGAAGAUGGCAGAAAAACGCAGCUCAUCGGAGCCUAUCCCUUGAUUUUCUGGUUUAUGAUCUAACGUCACCCGACCUCACAGUGACCAAGGGUCAGGCAAUAGAUGAGAGCAUGCAUACCUAACUUUUGUGUCUUCAGAUCAACCACAACCCCUUAUGGGUGAAAACAAGCUGUGUAGAAGUGCUGCCCCCAGCAGUGUCACAUUUUGUAUAUCAAACAGUUGAAAAAAAACAGUUUAGCGAAGGACAGUAAAAGAAGAGAUCUGUGGUUUCAAUAUGAAAGGGGUAAACUGUGGGACCAUACCUCAGUAUGUGUCCAUCUGUGGAAAACACUUCAUCACAGGUUAGUUAAUGAUGUUAAGUGAGUAAAUUACAUGUGUGCUGAUUUUGCUUGUAGAUCGAAGCCGAUAAGAAAAGAAUCUUAGUGAUGGUGUAAAUAAAGUUUUUAUUGUAAAAAAUAUGGCCCUACCAUAAAACAGCUGCUUUUAGAAUAGAGUUUGGUUCAACAGUGUAGAGCAGAGGGUAUUUUAACCUUAACAAUUCACAUUAUCUGAGCUAACCUACCUUCUAAUAAUGAACCUUGUAAACAACAUGAAGUAAUAUAUAAAGUGGACAUAGGAGGGAAUGCGAGUUGUUGCUGCCCUCUGGUGGUCAGGAGUAUUAAUAACUGAAUACAUUUGUCUUGUCCCACAGCAACACUAAAGUAGUAUCUGUGUGCAUUAAUAAGUAAAAUAAAUCAGGCAUUUAAAAGUAACACAAAAGUUACUUUCCCUAGAAAACUAAUUACUUUCAUAUGCAGUAAUUGGUAAUACAAUUACUUUUGUAAGUAACUGUAACUAAUUACUAAUUUUCAGUAACUUACCAACAAUGGACGAGUACAGAUGAUAACAAAAUCAUAUAUGAUAUAACUACAUAGUUCCUAAAUACCUAUAUUAGUAUUUUGACUUUAGAAAAGAGGUCCGUAAUCUAAAGCGUUUUAAUUUUACUUUUGGCUGUAAUACAUUGUGACACUUGUGACACAAUUUUAUUCAUUUGCACCCACAAAUGGCAAAUUAUAUUUCAAUCUGAUUGAAAUUUGAUCAUUUUAAAAUUGGUCUUGGUGACUUCCAUAUGCCACUGGCAGAGCAAUCUAACUAAUAUGACUGUUAUAACUGAGUGAAUUGAAAAUGAACUGACCCAACAGACACAACAACAGACAAAGCAUUUACCUGUUUUACACAACAUUUAAACUCCUCCCACUUUACACACACAAACCUCAAUGUGCCCCAGACUUCGUGGACACUGUGCCCAGACCCUGCCCUCAGAGGGUUCCUGGUCUUCUCUCAACAGCAGCUGUUUACUGUGCAAAGCACCCUGCUGUGUUCGACCAUGUCAGUGAAGUCCUGCUGAAGGUUGUACUCACCAAAAAGCUGUGUUGGUCCGUGACUGGCUGUGUGCUGGUGAAACUGUUGCCAGUGCUCGUGAGAAAUAUGUUCAAUAAUCUUUAUAAUCUCAUGGUUCAGAUGAGAACAAGCGAUCAUAGUAGGUCAUUUUAUAGAGAUGGCUGAAGGGAAUUCUUUUCCAACGCAAUGCACUACACAGACAUUAAAUCUUAAAACCAGAUACAGAUUAUCAGAAACAGUAUCUGUAAGUAGCAUUAAGUUAUUUUGACCAGUGGAGGGCAGAAAGAACAAACUCCCUGCAACAGAGCCUUGAUAUACCAUUAGGCCUAACCCUAACACUGUCUACCCAGGAUGCCUAGUGUGAGCAGCAGCAGCUUCAGUCCUCCUUUAAGGCCCAAUAUUUAAUAUAGGCUGCCCAUGUUUUGGCUGAACUCAGUGCCCAACACACAGUCACUGUGGUUACAUGCGUAAAACGGAAGAAAAUAGACUUAAAGCAUAAAAAUAUGCUGCAUUUAUGGGCGUAUACUGCAAGUAAAUGAUAUCUGGAAUGUGUACGCCGGGUUAACAUGACAACAAGUGUGGGUUUGACAGUAGUGCAGCUGGAUGAAAGGAGGGAUCGUUACAAGGAGCAUCCUUGUUUUCAAACCCUUCCUAAGUCCCGCCCCUUUUGGAACUAUAGCCAACUCUUUCCUUCCUGUACUUCCUGUAAUGUGCUAGGCUCAUCCAUGUUGAAAAGACAACCAAAUUUUGAAGAUGACAAAAAGACAAAAGAGACAUAUAUAUAUAUAGUAUAUAUACAUCUUCAUACAAUAUGUAAAUUCUGCUGCUAGGGGCUCUCUCACAUUAAAGAAAUGACAAAAGAUGAAGUUUGAUCACGUGGUGAAGUUGUUAUCUUCACCACCAUUGCUGUCAUUGUAGUCCUCUUCUCCUGGUUAGGAUUCCUUCUGUGUUCAUCAUUCAGUUCAGUUUCUCCUCCUCAGAGGUCUUCUUUUCUCCAAAACAAACAGACCCGCUGAUUAAAACCAGUAAAAACACUGAAUAAAGCAGUUUCACCAUAAAAAUCACUGUUUCUCCGAUGCUGUUUGCAGACAAAGGACAUGUUGCUAACAUUAGCUAUCUGAUGUAACUACCCAGCUAACAAAUGUAGAUUAGUUAGCUAGUUAACUAGUGUUUUGCUCUGUAGUCAAACACUAGCUAACUAGCUUCUUAAUAAUGUAUUUUUAUACAUAUUAUAUGGAUUAGCUAGUUAGUUAGCUAGCGCUUUUCUAACAACAGCUAGCUAGUGCCUAUGUAUGUAAGAUGUGACCAUGUAUGUAUGUGGCUUUUAUCUGUUAACCAUCUUCAAUGUGUUUGUCUUUUCAACAUAGACUCAACUGUCUGAGCACAGAGAAAAAAGGGGCUGAGCUCAGGAGGGAUCAAUUCAAUCCAACGUCUGACUGAAACUAAGACAAAGGGCUGUCAUUUCCCUGUCCAGUGUGUUGGAGGUGGGAGCAGAAAGGAUAUCAUACAUUACAUGUUAGAGGCUGGGCCAAUCACAGGCAGUCACGUUAUACUACAGGGCUCUCCCCUUCAUGACCACAUUUUUAAGUUGAAUUCACUUUUCCGAACAUGUUGAAGAGCCAGUUGUGAACAGUUGUGUCGAGACUGUAUAAUUGAUCAUAACAAGACAAAAGAUGUGCACACACACAUAGAGCUUUUUGUACUGUCUGGUACUUGUUGCACAAAAUAUAACCAGCUGUGUAAUAGAGUAAUGCUACAUGGAGGAAAAGACAGAAGCAUUGCCCCUUUUUGCUCUGCUCCAAUAACAGUUGAGCAAGCCUUAGUCAGAACUUCAGUCAACUUCCUCCUUUUCUAUAUGUCUGUGUAUCUAUAUAUAUAUAUAUAUAUAUAUAUAUAUAUAUAUAUAUAUAUAUAUAUCUUUUAGCUUAAGUUAGCUAGCUAAUGUUAGAAAAAUGCUAGAUACUAGCUAGCUAAUCUACAUCAAUCGUUAACUAGCUAGUUAUAUCUGAAAGCUAAUUUUGGCAAAACACUAGUUAACUGUAUGGCUGGGCGAUAAAUCGAUUUUAUCGAUUAAUUCAAAUUUGUUGUUAAACACAAUUUAUUUUUAGUUAAAAUCGGUUUUCUCUUGAACUUCCACAACACCGGCGCUCCCUUUGGGCUCCCGUAGGUCAGAGUGUGCUGACCCCUCCCCCCGCCUCUCCACAGAUACACACAACAUGGCAGCAAGCCAGGAUGAGCUCCUCCCCAAAAAAGGCACAGUGUUGUCGGUUGUUUGGAACUGGUUUGGUUUUGUGGCGUCUGACAGCGAACAAACCACGACCCACUGCAAAGUUAGUUUGAAAGCUGUUGCAACCAAAGGUAGCAGUACGACCAAUUUAUUCCAGCACCUCAAGCAGAGGGCAUGCAGCCGAGUGGGAGAAAUGUUGCUCUCUGCGAGAUAUACAGGACCGCAGCCCACAAACACCCGCUAAAAAAACAGUACAAAAAAAUCGAUGUAAAUCGUAAAUCGGGUUUGGUGUGAAAAAAUCUGCGAUUUUAUUUUCAAGCCAUAUCGCCCAGCCCUAGUUAAUUGUCUAACUUUUAUCUUUUAACCAUCUACAAAAUGCGGUUGUGUUCUCAACACAGAUUAGCCUAGCACAUAGCAUAAGUGCAGGAAAUGAUAAAGUUGACUGAGGUCAUUACCAAGGCUUUCCUUAACUGUUAUUUGAGCACAGAGCAAAAAAGAGCGGGAGUAAGAAAGGCUCAGCUAGCACUAUAAGAUACAAGAGCAUUGCAGCAUUGAUGUUGUAUGAGGAGUGGCUUCAGGAUUAGACCACCUCAUUGGCCGUUAAGGACAGAAGGAAUGAGAACUAGAAACUCUCCUUUAAUAUAAGCAAAAUCACUUUACCGAGAUACUCUAACUCUAUUCAUAUCAUCCCAUAUCAUCAUGUUUACAUGAACUGAAUUGUUGUUCCUGUCAGCAGUAAAGGACAAUACUGACGUUCAGGUGGCCAAAUAUUUGUGAUUUGCCAACAGACCAGUUGUUCUUGUAGCUGUUACAGUUCUUACUCAUUGCAAGACAAGAUGAGGGCAUGAUGCUGACUGCCAUCUCAGUCCAACAUUGGACACACAGUGCUCCAAAACUAAAAUAUCAUACUACAAUUUACUGCACUUUUUACUGAUGCAACUUAAAUGAUCACUCAUAUCUCAGAUCAGAGUCAAACAGUCAGAUUAAAAUUGUGUAAUACAGCAACACCUAGUUUCUAGUAUUUCUUAGUGUUUGUGAAUACUGGCUGGGUAUCCAUAAAGGAUCAUCUGAGAAUAUAUUUUUCACAUUCAUUAAGUGAACUUUAAGCAUUUUGAAUUUCUUUAAGGAAUUAAAGCCACACUUAAGGCUCAAACAAAGCAUGAUACGGUUAUGUGCCAUGUACAUAGAUUAUGGGCUUUGAUUUGUUUUGAUUUAACUGAGACAUGGAGACACGAGCAUGCAGACCAACAUUUAGAACUUGCUGAUUCUACAAUUAAAUAACUUCAUUGACAAACUGAGAAACAUUCAAACCUGCCAUGAAUGAAGCUUUUAUAUUUUGACCUGUAUGUUCAUUGUUUUGUUGUUAUACAUAUUUACAGUUCUGUUUUUCACAUCUCUUGAGGAGGCAUAAACACAUCUGUCUGUUGGAGGUAGUGCGUCUGGACACAGAAAUAUGGAAAGAAUAGAGAUCUUGGCUUUCCACAGUGAGGUUCAAUUCAGUCAGCUCUGCCUCCAAGAAUUCUGUGAUAGUCUAAUUCUUCCCCUCUGGCCACCAACUGCACUCACAGUCUUCAUUUUGUUCUAAUGGACAGCUACUGGAACAACAGUGGAUCUCCAAAGCUUGACUGGUUGUUUAACUACAAAACCACUGCACCAUUGUGCAGUAGCAGUUUUAGGGGAAACAUAAUGCCUAUAUACCAAUAAUAUGUCAAUUAGUUAGCACGUUAGUUAAUGUAAGUUUUUCUAACUUUACCUUUAAGAUGUAACUAGCUAGCUAAUCUUCACCAAUCGUUAGCUAGCUUUUUGGUAACAGUAGAAAAAAGGCUGGAUGUUUAGUUAAAUAGUAAAAUGUCAAUUCUGGGAUACUAUUAUGAGAUGGAAAGAGAAGCCACAUAGCACUCUUUGCUGCACUGUAUGAUAGUCUCAUUACUUUUUGCAUAGCCUUUCCAAAUAUAUAUAUAAUGAGUGGGAUAACGGUUCUUCCUAAACAUAAAUUAAUGAUGCAUAAUGUUGCUUAUGACUUUAAAUCAUUGAGACUGGGUUGCAGUAGGAUUUUCACUGCUGUAUCAAAGCAACAUGAAUGCAUGCUCUAGAGAUCCAUUGUUAGGUCAGAGUAGUGUGCCCUGUGAGAACAGAGGUAGUGCUGUGAUGUGUAUUGCCUUGAACUGUGGCUGGAGGUCACUCUCUUCACUACCUUAAAUACGUAUUAAGCAAUUUAUUCUGGACAGAAAAAGGGUUUCCAUAUAGAAUUCACCAAUCCUAAUUAGAUACUGUGAUUAGACAUGACAAUAUACUGUUUACAUUUUGUGCCAUUUUUUUCAUUUUUUUGGAGAAAGGUCCACUUCCUUAAAUGAGUCCAACUGCACACAAGGACACUGUCACUCUGUCGUCACGCUUAUCCUUUGUACCCUGGUUGUACUGUUCCAUCCAGGAUAAUGUGUUGCUUUACCUUCAUAGAUCUUUGAUUUUUCUUUAAAAUAAAGGGGAUCUACACCUCC